CAACUGGAACGUUAACAACAAAGCCUCGCGUGCAAAUCAAUUUACUCAAUUCAAUAAAAAAAAUUGUUUCACAAAAAAUAAUUGUGCCACCAUGGAGAUAUGGAAGAUUUUGUAUUUACUUUUUGGAACGUUUACACUUUUAACAGAACGAAUCGUUGCCCAAAUUAAACCACAACAAAACCCAACUUUUCUUCGUUUAGGUUCUUUCGGAAAUCAACCACCACCACGUCAUGAUACACCAGCCUCAUCUUGUGACUGUUCAUGCGGAAUAGUUAAUGAUGAUCAAAGAAUCGUCGGAGGACACACCGUAAAAGAAAAUGCUUACCCAUGGAUGGCUAGAUUAUCAUAUUUUAAUCGUUUUUAUUGCGGUGGAAUGCUUAUAAACGAUCGUUAUGUUUUAACAGCAGCACACUGCGUCAAAGGAUUCCUUUGGUUUUUAAUAAAAGUAACCUUCGGAGAGCACGAUAGAUGCAACGACAACGACCGACCAGAAACCAGAUUCGUUUUGCGAGCAAUCGCUGGAGCUUUUAGUUUCUUAAAUUUCGAUAACGAUAUCGCUUUAUUGCGGUUAAACGAUCGCGUUCCAAUCACGAAAAAAAUCUCCCCGAUUUGUCUUCCAAAAUCGAAAGAUAACCUUUACGUUGGGUACAAAGCGACGGCGGCCGGUUGGGGGACGUUAAAAGAAGAAGGAAAGCCAUCGUGCUUAUUACAAGAAGUUGAAGUGCCCGUAAUCAGCAACGAAGAGUGCAGGAUGACGAAUUACAGUACGAAAAUGAUUUCGGAUAAUAUGAUGUGCGCUGGUUAUCCAAAAACGGGGCAAAAAGAUUCUUGUCAAGGUGAUAGUGGAGGGCCUUUGAUUACAAAACGACAAGACGGAAGUAGUAUGUUCGAAUUAAUCGGUGUUGUUUCAUGGGGUAAUGGAUGUGCAAGACCCGGUUAUCCAGGCGUUUACACGCGGGUUACGCGCUAUUUAGAUUGGAUAUUGGAAAAUUCGAAAGACGGGUGCUUUUGUGAAGAUUAAAAUUUAAUUGUGAUUGUAUAUUGUUAUUAAGAUAACGUAAUAAUAAUGGAUAAUAAUAAUAAUAAUAAAGUGCUCACUCCAAAUGUAUA